AUGUUUCAUAUGAAGGUUCUGGAGUUCAUGAAGGUGAUUUCACUGUGUGUGUUGUGUGUGCCAGAUGCGGGCUGUGUGUCGACUGCUAACAACAGUGUUGAGUGGCUGCAGAAGAACUUUGGCCCGUUCUCUCAGUUUGUGCCUCUCACAGAUCUGCUCUCCAUCAACAGACUCUUUGAUCCCUUGGAGACCCUGGACAAUCUCACUCCAAAGCAGGUGGCUGGACUGAUGGUUGAAGAUCUACCUGGUCUACCAGAGAAGGAAGUCGUCAUCAAUACAGUGUUCGACUAUCUGCUUGUGUCUCCUGUGGAGCGAGGACUUCCUGAUGUUCUUCAAAACCUGCUCUCAAUCUCACAGAUGGCCAUUAUUCCGUGCAGCUCCUACAUACUGAUAUUCCAGAGGCUGUUUCAGGCUUUACCUUCCCUGCCUACAGAGGUGGAGACUUUGAUCUUGCACACAACUGGAGAACUCAAGCAGAAUGGAGCAAGAGACUGUUCACUUCCUGAACCUCCAACAUGUCUGGUCACUCCUGUGAAUGCUACCAGAGUUUGUUCAGGAGUCAACAGUAACGAGACUCUCCUGUCCGCUGGACUCGUGAGCGCCCCCUGUAGUGCGGACCUGCAGCAGUACGCUUGCUCUUCGCUCACAGGCUUCACUGCUGGAAACCUGGCUGGACUCCUGAAGUGUCAACUAUCCAGCAGCAGAAGUUACUCCAAGGAGAUCUGGAAACUGCUUUUCACCAAAGCAAAUGAUGUUCUGGACGGAGCCCUCAUCAUCUUCUCCAGCGCAGCAGCAAAUAUGUCUCAGCCAAUCAGAGGUGAUGUCGUGUCCCAAGUGCUGGAUGUGAUUGGAGAGCUGAGACUGGAGCGCAUCAGUCCUGACCAAUGGCGAGACCUCCCUUUCAUCAGCAUGUUGUUGGGUCAAUAUCUGAAGCCGUUUUUACCGUUUGCGUCAUCGUCCCUACUGCUGUGCACUAGCAGCAAAAACCUCAGCUGCCAAACUUACCAGCACAUUCUGUCAGAGGUCACACUCCUCAAUGAGACUCAAGGAAGAAACAUGGUGAACUUCUUCAUUCUGCCCUUCCUCAGAAGAAACACAACAGAUGCGGGCUGUGUGUCGACUGCUAACAACAGUGUUGAGUGGCUGCAGAAGAACUUUGGCCCGUUCUCUCAGUUUGUGCCUCUCACAGAUCUGCUCUCCAUCAACAGACUCUUUGAUCCUGUAUGUCUCCACAUCUUCACAUGUGAUUUCAUCAAAGAAGGUUUAUACAAAUAACACUGACAUCACUUCACCCAUCACCGAUAUUCUCUUGUUCUUCUGUGUGUC